AUGGCUGCUGAGUCGUCCUCCCCCUCGAAGCCAUCGUCCCCUCCUCCUCCAUAUACGGAGGUUGCAGACCCUGCACUUCACGGGCAGCCCUCAGCGAUGAGCAUUCCAGUCAGCGGCCCGAACACUCCCAUAGCUUCACCCUUCCCCACACACGCCGCCUAUGGCCCGACGCCCAUCCAACAGCAGACACAGCUUCUGCCGUACUACGACCCCCGCUCGCCUUAUGCCAUUGCAGAGGCGAACAGCCGCGCGCGAUGGCGAUUCAUCACUGCGCUCUUUUGGGCCAUUUCACCACCCGUCUGUAUUUAUACCGACAGCCCCACGCGUUUCCCCUGCUUAGCUGUCCCCGUCGCCGCCCUGGCUGUUGAUGUUCUGAACCCGCCUUUCUCUCGCACCGCCCUGUUGCCGCCUCCUAUAUCGUCAAAGCACCUAAAGAGUACCAUACUGUCGUCGCGUUUGCCCAGCCUGGCUUCAUCGCUUACUGCCCGCCCGCCCCUCUUCCCUUCCGCCGUGGCUUCUCAUCCCUCCGGCGAGGAAUUCAUCAAUCGCUCCCUCCUAGACAGCGUCGACGCGCAGGCGGACGCAGAGCCCAUAUCCUCAUCCGACUCCGAAGCUACGGGUACAACCGGGAACGCGUUCGGGUCGCUGCCCAGCUCGUCCUCCAUGUCUAUAGGCUCCCCAUCCGUGCCAUACCAUAUCUCCAUGCAAUCCCAGCAACCCGCUCGCUCCAACUCGCCCAGCAGUACCAUGACCAUUGCGAACAACUUGAAGCCUGCAUCUCAUCCUGUCGACCCGUACUCCGCUGCUGCGCAAAGUAACAAUAUCAGCCACUCGAUGUAUAACAGCAUGAACAACCUCCACAUUCCCCCCGACUACAAUCCUCUCAAUUCCGCGGAGCCCGACGCUCUUAAUCUUCAGGCCAAAUUGAACGGGUUCGGCUCAGGCCCGUUCAACAGCAGGUCCUCCUUGUCGUUCAACCCCUUCCCUCCCCGUCCACGCCACAACAACGUUCCCUUCCGCGACACCUCAGCGGCAUUCAACACAGUUGCCUACCAGCAGUCGGGGGACAUGUUCGGCGCGCAAAACCAGCAAGCUCAGUCCUCCGCGUUCGGAUUUGACUCGAUGUCCGCCCCCGGGCGAGCACAAGAUUUCGCCACCGUGGGUGUCCAGAAUGCGUCGAGCCUGGGCGCUAACAGCACUGCCCACAACAAAUUCUCGAUGGACGGGGGGUUCCGCCCGGGUUUGGAGAGUCUGCUGCAGUCGCAGCAGAUGAGCCAGCAGACGUCACUGCCUACGACGCUACCCCUCCAUCAGCAGGGUUCGCAGCAGCCGUUCCAGGGAGCAUUCGGAAACGGCCUCUCGCAUCUCUCUCAUGCUCCCCCCGGCGCUCUCCCUGCGCACACACAGUUCGGACCCACUCUCCCCACUACUAUAGCCGGGUCUGGAGCUGUCACUGGGCAAGGGGCAUCGCUCACCGGAGGUCCGGGGAUGAACCAUGUGAACGGGGCUUCGCAGAACCAUCAGCAGGAAGAAAUCUCUACCAUCUUCGUCGUUGGCUUCCCAGAAGACAUGCAGGAACGUGAAUUCCAGAACAUGUUCACCUUCUCGUCUGGCUUCGAGGCGGCGACGCUCAAAAUACCCAACAAAGAGUUCACCGCGUACGGUACAGGAACGAACGGUCCUUCGGGUCCCAGUGCCCGCACGCAAUACCCCGGUUCGAAUGAUCCGUACAACCUGGUUACUGUGAAUCAGGGCGGUGUUGUCAUUGAUGGUGGCCGAGACGGUCCGACGACUUCGUGGCCCGCUGCCACGGACGACAGCCACUUCGUCCCGUCUAACCUCCCAGUACAGCCGCCACGCAAGCAGAUCAUCGGUUUCGCGAAGUUCCGCACCCGCCAGGAGGCAUUGGAAGCACGUGACGUCCUCCAAGGGCGUCGUGUCGACAUUGAGCGCGGCGCUGUCCUCAAAGCAGAGAUGGCGAAGAAGAACCUGCACACGAAGCGAGGACCAGGCGUGCCGCCGGGUGUGCCGAUGAACAACAACUUCAUGAACAACGCUGCUCCGCAGAUGCCCGAGAACCUCGCUGGAUAUUCCGGUCUGAACGGCCUUGCUGGCCUCGGUGCAAACGCAGCCGCUGGUAACACCGAAGCAUUGGCUCAGCGCGAUCGUGAGCUUGGUGCCAUCGGUGCUAUGGGCAUCACCGGCCUUGGGCAGCGCCGUGAGCGGAUGAUCGAUCGACGCGUCGAGGACGAGCGUGAGCGGCGCCGAUCAGACAUGGGUCCCGUAGGAUCGCUCGGGGCUGGCGCCAUGGGCACUCGCGGUGCUCGUGAACGUGCCGAGGAAGACGAGCGAGAACGCGAGCGGAAGCGUAAGGAACACCUGCGGCUGCGCGACAACUCGGAUGCGUUCGAGGCGUUCCACUCCGUACCCCAGCAAAUGGCUCGUCAGAGCGUAAACUCGCUCCUCUCCGCUGAGAAUGGCAUGUUGCCGAACGGUGUGGGCUCGUCGUUGCCAUCCCCGCCCGCGAUGUCGAGCGUCCCGUCUCAAGGUGAAGGUAUCAACGGCCUGAGCAAUGGGCCGUGGACCAGUCUCAGGGAUGUGGGAGCUAGCGCUGCCUUGAGGAAGAUGUCUGCCCCCGUCUUCUCGCCGACACUGCCUGCUCGUCCUGCGUCUCCGCCGCAGUAUUCGCCGCCAGCGUCUUUUGACGUCCCUACUGUGCAGAAUGGUAACGCGGCUCCAGGCAACUACAGUGCGCCCUUCUCGCCACAAUCAAAUUCCUCGUCGCUUCCGGGCCAUCCCUCCCUUCCAUCUCGUCCGAGGCCCUCGUCUCCUGGUACCGAGCAGAUGUUGCAACAGGCCGUUGACUCCGCGGAGGCUGUUCUCUCCUCGCAGCCUCUCUCCAGUGCAUCUAGCGCUAGUGGGUCGCAGAACGGUCACGACGAAGAGCUUUCGCGCUCGGUCGCGGCUUUGGCUGUCAACACCGAUUCAGGCAUGACUUCGCCGCAGCUCCCGUCUCCGGCGUCUGGUGCAAGCUCUGGACGAAACCCUGGCGAUCAGAACCCUCCGAUCAAUACGCUCUACGUCGGGAACCUGCCCACUUCUACCGCCGGCGGUCUUCCCCUCAAUCACCUGGAGGAUCGUCUCAGGGACUUGUUCUCGAAGAGGCUUGGCUACCGCAAGCUUUGCUUCAGGCAGAAGAGCAACGGGCCGAUGUGCUUCGUCGAGUUUGAGGAUGUCCAUUACGCCACCAAGGCCCUACAGGAACUGUAUGGCAAUACUCUCGGCGGUUUGGUGAAGGGCGGCGGGAUCCGUCUUUCCUACAGCAAGAACCCAUUGGGUGUACGCACGCCGACGAGUGCUGGCGGCCCGAACGGCUCUAGCAUGCAGCACCAACAAUCCUUUGCUGCGUCCUUGGAGGCCUUCGCCGCACAGAGACAGGCCGAGGUUGAAGGUGCCCGUCCCCGCCGUGACACGUCCACCGUGACUUCGCCGACGUCCUCUUAUCAUUAUACGACUUCUCCGCCUCCCCCGCGCUUCGUUUCGCCGCCGCCUACGGGACCAUUCUCUACAUUGACGAGUCCCAACGGGACGUUCCCCAGAGUCAACCCGCAGGCAUUCGGCAUGACGCAGGGGACCACGAGCAUGUUUUCACCUUUCGGCAUUUCACCAACGCAUUCAACGAUACCCGAUCAAUCCAAUAUUGCUGACGGCAACUCUGAUCCCCUCUCGCACAACAUCACCCCCACUACCCCCAACCUAGAGCCCAGUCGCGCAGGCUGAUCACUCGCUCAGUGUGCAUGUAUACAGUACUCAUAUGAACCCACAUCCUCACAUCUCCUGUGCAUAUUUAGCCUCGUUACAGCGCCGCUGACAUUCGGUUCGGACUUCUUCCAUUCGCAAUAUCCUCGCAGCACGUUCUAGUUACGUCUCUCCUAUUCGCCCUUCGAACGAAUUACGAUUGCCUCUUAAUGUCUCUUUGUUUGUUCUCGCGCACUGUCUGACUGUUCCGGUACAUUAGCACUGCCUGCCCCGCUCUUGCAUUAUUUGCAUACAUGCUGUUUGGCUAGUCUCACCAGGGUUCAUCGUGUUGAUUCCCUUUUCGUACAUCAUAUGUAUACUACUAAGUAUUCUCUCGACUGUGUUAUGCCCAUGGAUGAAUGAUGAUAUGCUCAAUCCU